AUGGAUAGGAGACUCAGUAGAGAGUCCUCGAUGCAGAAGAAAGCAUUAGAGAAUCGACGAAGAGCCGAACAUGUCCCGGACCUUACUGAUUUCAUGAACGACAUGUUCUUUGGGACUGUCAACGAUGACAAGAUGGCUUAUUAUAACUUAACUGGUACCGGUAAGUCAAUGGAUGACGAUGAAGAUUUUGAAUCUAGCACAAGGAGCAAUAGUAGCAAGUUAACUCAGGAAUGGCUAGAAGAAGCUAGGCGCAUGGUGGCCUCAUCUCCUCCUCGGUGUGACUCUCCUACUCGCCCUGUUGUAUCGCCUAGGUUUGCUGCAGAACCAGGGAGGCUUUCUGCGUUAUCAUCACUUGAACGGAGAGACCCUCUCUCUCGGUCUGCUAGAAGGCACAGGCAGAUGGAAGGAUUCAGUGAAGAAAUUCUAUCAAAAUCAGCAAAACACAGCCGCAACAAAUCAGAAUCUCUAGACUCACUUAACUCUCCUAUUGAUAUGUCCCCUGCCGAGGCAGUUCAUAAAUGGUUCUCCAACAUUCUCAAACAGACCGACCGCACACCACUAUCUAGUGGACCACCAUCCCCCACUAAUGAUCACACUGCAGCCCCCGCUUUGCCGCCUAGACAAUCGUCCCUCCGUAAGUCACGCUUUCAAGUAGACCCACCUGCACCUCAUGCACAAGGUAUCCCAGUCCCCUCCCGCCGAACCUUCAAACCUCAAGCUCCAUCGCAAGACGCCCAGCUGCUUUCUCCACCGAAAAAACUCAUUGAGUCGGCUCAGAGGAGGUCAAUAUCGUAUUCCACGUGUUCUUAUCCAGAGAAUAAGCCUCUUUCACCGCCAAGGAACUUGGUGGAGUCUGUUCAGAGGAGGUCGAUCUCUAAGUCUACAUGUUCCUUGGAGAACAUUGCACCAAGGAGCAAUUCAAAUGGUUGGUCCAAGGAAGAGGAUGGAACUCGAGAGGUUGGUCUUAAUGAAUUUCUAAGGGAGCAGAGAACCAAGAUUGAGAUGAUUUUGAAUGGAGAGGUUGAUUACAAGGCCAAGAUUGUCCUCUCUGGACCUUCAAACAGUACGAGUUCCAUGGUGGCAGCUAUAUGCUAUGCAUGCCUACAAGAGAACAGGGCUAGGAAGAACAAAGGAGAAGGUGAUGAAGAUGGGUGCAUUGUUGUGCCAGUGAUGAAUGUCAGAAGGGAAAGAAUGUGGAACCAGAGGCAGGCGGCUUGGCUCUUUCACCAUGUUGGACUUGAUGCCACCUCACUGCUCUUUUCGGAUGAGGUGGAUCUGGAGAGUUUGAUGAUGGCUGGCCAGUUAAGCAUCCUUGUAGUUGGACAAGAUAUUCUGAGAACAAAUGGAGAGGUUGGAUCUCCGUGUACUAUUCUGACAGAUAAUUAUUGUGAAGAUGCAUAUGAUCUACUGCAGACCCCAGUGCUGAAAAAGCUUUUGCUUGCUGGCAUUCUUUUAGACACACAAAAUCUGAAUGCAUAUACUAAACUAUCCAUGGCUAGGGACGCAGAGGCAGUUCAGCUGCUGCUGGUCGGCUCAGCCCCAAAUUACAGAAAUGCUGUUUUUGAUCAAUUGAUGCAAGAUCAAAGGGACAAUUCCUUCUUUGAAGCAUUACGGCACAACUAUGGGAAGCCCCCAAAUGACGGUGGUUAUGAUAAUGGAGUGCAGAUGGAGCACACGGUCCGCGAGAGGAAAUCAACCUCUAUUUCUCAUCACGAAGCUUCUGUACGAAAUUCAGAUAAGAAUUCUAAUGAUGCAAGGAAUGCAAAAAUUAACAAGGCUCCACCACAAUCAGCAAAACCUACCCCAUCACCGGCGAAAGCACCUCCAGCUGCACCUGAAGUCUCUCGUGGAAAGAAUAAGUUCUUCCUGGCCAAAUGGUUUGGUUUUGGAUCAAAAUGAAAAUGUCUUCACGUACCUGCCUAUUGUAAAUUGGGUACAGUCCUAGACCUAAAUUUUCAAUGAUCCAAUACCAAAACUGGCGGUCAACACUAUUUUUGUUAGGUGCAUUCCGAGAAUUACAAACAUAUUCUUCCUCUUAGGUAUUCUUUGGCUGGCUGCGACGCAGUUUUGAGUGGUAGCAACAGAAAUUAAGGAUGUAUCAAGGAAAAACGUUGAAGCAGUCAAGGUUGCUACCGAAUAAAUAACAUGCCUAUUUAUUAACUAUUAGUAUUUUUGUAAUAGACGAUACUGUCAAAUGCUAUCAGUUGCCAUUGGUAACAUCUAUUGUAUUUGUAGCCAUAUCGUUGUGGCUGUUGUUGUAGACAA